AUGAGCAACGGAUACGUUAGCAGUCGUCGCAAGUCUCUUAUUCCGCGACGAAACGUGACACCCUCGGGGUCGCUGCGACAGACUAGUGGAGGGAACAGUUCAAGAAGCAUGCUUCCCAUGCCGUCCUCAGCCAGAGUGGAGCCUAUUCCCGCUGAGUACAGAACGCCCAAAGAAUACAUUGAUAUCCUGGAGGCAUAUGUUGAUCAGGAUCUGAUUCUGGAGAAACAGCAAACCACACAGCUUAUACAGAAGAUCAAUGUCGUGAUGGCCCAGAUGCAGGAGCUUACAAACGAGAAGAACCAGAUCAUCCGCGAGAAGCGCAAGAUACAGAGCCUGAUAAGCGAUCUAAAGGCGAAUUACGAAAAUCUUGAUAAAACUCUCGUGAUAAAGAACAAAAGCAUAGACAACGAGGUGCGACACAACAAGAGAAUUUUGGAAGUGAAAAAAAAGGAGCUCGACGAGACGUCGCGCGAAAAAGUGCGAGAAGUAGAGCGACAGAUACACGAGAUGAUGCAGGCCACACUACAGGACGAGGAGGAGGACCGUGUGCGGGCACAGGAGCUUCGGAAAUUAGAGGUACAGAAUACGGAGCUCGAGGAGGAGUUGCGACGGUUGCAGGCAGAUAACAAGCGCAAACUCAGCGAUGUGGUGUCGGAGGUGGACGCUGAAAUAAGAGAGAAGAAUAAACGGAAGGAGCAGGAUCUAAGUGAGCCGCGGCGUGUGGUUCUUGAACUGAGAUCUGAUCUGGAGCGAGCCAAUGAUGAAUUGUCGAAAAAAGAGGAGUUGUUGAAACAAUUGGACUCCACAAUUGAGCAGCACAGGUCUGAUAUUGACAGUAUGAAAAACUACAAAGGAACGCUGGACGAGCAGAUGCUGGAGCUGGAGACGCAGAAAAACGAGCUGGUCUCGAAGUUGAAAGCGGUGAGCGCGAGAGUGGAGCUUUUCAUCGAGACGGACUACACAACUGCCCAAGCGGAGUACUCUGUGAUUCAGGAAAAGCUGAACAGCGAGAGACUCACGCGUCUGAAGAUCGAAGACGAGAUAAUGGAGCACCAAGGCAAGCUCCGCGUUAUGGUGGAGCCACAAGCGCAGAUACCGAACGAAUUGACCGGCUGUGUGACCGACUAUGUGGAGGACCGGGUCUGCGUGUUUGUUGAGUCAGCGCUGAUGGGAGUUAGCUGUGUGAUUCUUCUGGUCCACGCGCAAAGGGACUAUUUUGGGAUCAUUCAGGGGCAUUUGGAGAAACGAAGGAACACACAGCGAUACGAGAACUGGCAGAUUGAGAUUUCGGAGGCCACCGCCAGCCACGUGGCUCAGCGAGAACUCAAGGUGACAAGUUGCAACGCCAACACGAAAAAGAGGCUCGCGGCCAGCGUCAUCUGCGCUGCCGUGGACGGGGGCAGCAUCUCUGCCCAAACACGGGACUUGUGCGCGAGCAGAAAAACGAUGGUAAUUUGGGGACACACAGACGUCGACGAGACAUCGGCUGAGGCUUGGCAGGUGCUGGGGACGCUGCAGAGGGCCAGACGAGAUGCUACGCAGAAGUAG